AUGCGUCGAAUUCUAUUGCUGCUUCUGUUCCCGUCGGUCCACGGCUCGUUCAAAAUGGUUGUAAUCAACGGCGAGCCGGCCAGUUACUCGGACUAUUCGACCGUCUCCGAGUCGUGGACCUCUUGCGUGUCCUACUGUUAUUACUCGAGCACAUGUGUGACCGUGUACAGUCCUGACACCAGUGGAACUUGUCGCGUCUUCCGAAUUGAUCAGAUCUCAAGUGUUACACAGUUGUACGACACCACCGGACAGACAAUCGCUAUUAAAGUUCGUUUUUAAAACAUCUUGAAAUGUUUGAACUAAAGUUACAGAUGGUCUCAAACUCGACAGACGGUUCCUGUUCCUCCUCAUCAUCUGGAAACUCUAUGACUGUAAUUCAUUCCUCUUUUUCCCUAAAACUAUUGUCCAUUUACUCUUCUUUCAGGGCUACGUGACCACCAACUCCACCUACCAAUCCUACAAUAUCACAGUUUCGGAUGCGACGUGGACGUUCAGCACAGACACCCAAUUGUCUUGUCUCUCGGACUUUCAGCUAUUCGUCCGGCCACUGGGACCGUGGUGUAUUGGGGUACUUUAUAGGGAUAUAUUAAAAUAUACAAACUGUCUGACAGGUCAUCACCACCGGAUGCAUUUCUCAAACGGACAGUGUCAGCCAGUGCUCCAGUACUUAUGGAGGGAUCUUGAGUGGAUUGCAGACUGUUGAGGAGUAUGAUUAUAUUCUGUGUAAGAGUCAUAUUUAGGCAAAAAUAUGAUAUUUUGCUUCAGCGAUUGGGCAGCCAUACCUUGAAGCUCAAUCAACGUACACCAGAUACGGCUACUGGGUCAACGGCUUCCGUAACUCUUCGUGUGUCUAUCCGACCGCCAGGACCGCCGCAUGCAACGGCACAAACGAAUUCUACUUCACCGAUCCGCUACUAUCCGCCUACGACGGCUACAUUUGGGCGUCCGGCCAACCGGAUGGAAUCACCUCGAAACAACUUCAGAACUGUUUGAGCGUCGACUUUUCGUCGGCCGAGGGUAUCGAUGAUUAUAAGUGCGUUUUGAAGACGAUUAUUCGAAUCGAGAGGAAAAGACUACUUUCAGAUGUAAUGCGACUACAGUGACAUCUUCAAAUUACACACUGUGCUAUGCGGGAUAUGCCUGCGGACUUGAACCAGCUUAA